AUGAAUCAAUUCGAGGUGUUGGCUGGUGACGAACCUGCAAGCAAAGAAACCGAGCUCUUUCGAUUCCAAAGUCUUGUGCCCGAUGCCAAGAUCGCUUUGCAGGAAAAAGUCCAAGACGAAUACCCACGAUUUGACACCAAUCAGUAUCCAGCAAACGUCUCUUUAUUAGCAUGCUCAUCGGUGUAUGGCUACUAUGUGGCAGCUACUCUUGAAGGAUUUAUCUAUGGAUCAACAAAGACACUACGAUCAACAACCAAGAGCCUUGAAAAGGGCGGCGUGGGAUCAGUGGAUGAUAAGAUCUUCAUCAGAGUGCAAGGUGCGAUACAGCAUUUACGAUUGACAGCAGAAGAAGCUCGCAUUGUGGUCACUGUUACCAACGGUGAAGUGUUUGUUUAUCACGCCAAGGAUAUUGUUCAACAGCGAGAGAACGUUGCACCUACAAGUACAUUCAAAUUGGAUCAGGAUAUCCUCGACAUUCGGCCCAAUCCUGACGCACAUCCAAACCUCGCUGCUGUGCUCCUAAAGAACAAUCAAUGCAAGUUUGUCGAUAUCACCAAUGGCGCCACCACUGCAUCCAUCGCCAACAAUGAUAUCACAUCCCUUUGCUGGUCACCCAAGGGCAAGCAAAUCGUAUGCGGCAAAAAGGAUGGUCAACUCGAGACAUUUGAUACAAGUGGCGCUUCCAAAUCAUUGAUUGAACAACCUUCAAAAAUGCAAGAAGCUGGAUCUCGUUAUGUGUUGGGAGUUUUAUGGAUCGAGACACACAUCUUUUUGGCAGUUUAUGCACAAUUGCGUCAAAGUGGCACGGACGAGCACAUCCAUGAUGCAUUCAUUAUUCAACGAUUUGCAAAAUCAGAGAACAGACCAACAAAGUACAUUCAUCUCGACGAAGUGACACCCGUAUUCAGCAUGGAUGAUCGUGACGCCAACAUGUAUAUGGAAAUCAUUCGCGACUUUAGCAGUGAUAUGAAGACAGCAGUGAUCCUUGCUCACAGUGCAGCUACCGAUAUUUCAGUGAUUGGUCAAGAUGAAAAUGGAGAUUGGGCAACAUGGAUGCUCCCAGAGAAUGGUCUUGCCAGCUUGCCGCUUUCUGAAGAAACCAACAUGGACACAUUUGCUAUUGGUCUUGCUGUGGAUUUCUCUACUUCAGAGCCAUUACCACCCUAUGAUCCCGCCACCAGCUCAGAAAAUGUCAAGCCAAUGCCAACCAUGUACCUCUUAAAUGAUGAGGAUCAGAUUUGUGCAUAUCAUUGUUACAAUACCGAUUUGGCUGCUCGCAAUCACAAGUAUCAUGGUAUGGUGGAUGCAAAGGAUAUCAUGGAGGCGCCAUCCGAAUUUCCUAGUACCCCAGCACCUACAACAGCUCCAGCAACAUCAGCACCAGCUUUCUCAUCUGAACCACCCAAACAGCCACAACAACAACAACCAUCCUCUGGCUUUGGAAGUAGUCCAUUUGGUGCUGCUCUUCAACAACAAGGUUCGAAUGAUGGAUUUGCUGCACUCCUUUCUGGUAAAUCAAAUGAAUCAUCUACACCAGCAGCAACGACCGGUGGAUUUGGAGGAUUUGGAGGAGCUGGUCAAGGUACCGGCAGCGGUGGUGGCGGUUUUACAUCCUUCCGAAGUUUGACAAUGAGCAGCAAUGCAAAGAAUCCUGCUAGUGGUGGCAUGUUUGGAUCAAGUGGAUUUGGAGGAGCAGCAGGAGCAACAGCAACAGGAGCUACAGGUUUUGGAAUGGCAGCAGCAACAGCAGGAGGAAAUACUGGAUCAGCACCUACAUUUGGCGCAACAAGUUUUGGUGCCAGCCCAUCCGCACCUCAACCUACUCAAAGCUUAGCAUCUCUUGGCAAGUCGACUGAACAACAACAACAACAACCUGCAUUUGGACAAACGACCAGUCUUGGAAGUACUACCACGACUCCUGCCUUUGGAUCUACAAGCUUUGGUGCUCAGCCAUCUACUCCUCAACAGCCACAAAGCUUUGCAUCCUUAGCCAAGACCGAGACUUCAAAGCCAUCUUCAGGAUUUGGAUCGGUACCUGCAUUUGGUCAAUCAUCAUUUGGUACCACGCCUACCUUUGGUCAAUCAUCAUUUGGCGCUACACCUGCAUUCGGUGCACCUUCCACUAAGCCUGCAUCUCAAGAGGAAAAGCCAAAGGAGCCUACAUUUGGUUUUGGUGGAUUUGCAUCUGCACUUGCUAAGACUGAAGAACCCAAGGAAGAAGAAAAGGAGAUUGCCGUCAAAGAAGAAGAGCCUGAAGAAGAAGAAAAGGAGAUUGCCGUCAAAGAAGAGGAGCCUGAAGAAGAAGAAAAGGAGAUUGUUGUCAAAGAAGAAGAGCCUGAGGAAGAAGAUGCUGUCAAGGAAGAGGAGGAGGAACCUGAGGAAGAAGAAAACGAGAUACCUGUCAAAGAAGAAGAAGAGGAAGUCAAGGCCAAGCCUGAACCUGUGGAGGAAAAAGAGCCACUUGCAGCACCAGAGACCACGGCACCUCAAGUUGCAAAGCUUCCUGAUGCCCCAGAAGAAAAGCCUCCAACACCACAAGUUGUGCCAUCGUCAACUACUGACAAGCCUGUGGCAGGAUUUUCAUUGGGUGGUGAUGAUGAUAAAAAGGAAAGUGGUUCAUUCUUUUCAAAACCACCAGCAACUACUGGACAUGGCCUAUUCGCGAGCCCACAACAAGAGAAGCCUGUAUUUGGUUCCACAACAAGCUUCGGUGCUGCUGACGCAACAAAGCCAUCUGGAUUUGCAUCCUUAGCAGCCGCUGGAGAAAGUGCUAAAAUACCCCCUGUGUCUCAAGGAUUUGGAUCAUCAAGCUUUGGAUCUAUGGCCAAGGCUGAGUCACCAUCCACAGCUGUAAAGACGCCUACUCCUCCUCCUCCAUCAUCAUUCUCUGCACCUGCAACAGAACCAAAGACAGCACCCGCAGCACCGGCACCAAAGCCUAAGCCUAAGCCUACAGCAGAAGAGGGAAUGGCUAGAGAAUUUGAAAGCUUAUACUUGGCAAUGAAUGAAGACUUUGAAAAGUUGGAAUUGAAACAAGCAGAGCUUAAGCAAGCAGUUGAAUCACAACGACGCCAGAGUGCUGCAAGUAAAACAUAUACCGAUCUUCAAAACGACAAUUGGACAGUUGGAGAUGCUCUCGACUUGAGUACUGUGGCCGAUGGUAUUGCCACCAAGGCACGAACACAGCGUCCACAUAUUAUCCAGAUCAAGCAAUCCCUCGGUUAUUUCGAUGAAAACUCCAUCAAAUUAAACGUGAAAAAGUCGACAAUCGAAGCACUCAUGGAGACAAAGCCUGAUCCCAAGCUGAAGAAGGAACUCAAGGAGAGGAAUUUGGAUAAGCAGACAUUGGUCAAGUGGGAACAGCUUAAAUCUCGAUGCAAAACGUAUGGCCAACAGAUUGAUGAUUUGGAGAGCAAGAUCCAGAAUGAAAGGAUUAGAAUGCGAUCACCUGCUCAACCACAAGAAUCAAGCUCAUCACCCUCGUUAUACGCAUUAUACCUUCAACUGCGAGAGAUUGACAAGGAGUUAAAGAGCAAGCAACAACAAGUUAAGGAUAUGGAAGAACAAAUGGCAUACAUUCGAUUCAAGCAAGUGCAUCAGAAUGCUGUUUAUUCAACAUCAGGCAUUUCACUUGAGGAGGAAGACGAGGACGAGGAUCAAGAGAAUGAUGGAGAACAAAGAAACAAGGACACGCGAUCAUCCAUGGAUACACGACGAGCUGCCCUUCUUGAAUCCACCAGUCGAUAUUUACGAAGAGAGCGUUUUCUGGAUAGGAUACAUGAAUUCAAAAGCCAAAAAUGUGUAUAG